AUCAUCAGUACUUGUGCUGCUGGAUCCAUAAAAGAAGGAGAAACGGCAGCAAAGAUGGCUAAGAGUAGCGGGAAUUUAUCUUCGAGACGAUCAUCGUCGCACAAUACGAAGCCUUACGAUACGAACAACUCAUUUGUUAAGAAAGUUGCUACUAAAGUAACAGACUUUAUACCCCAACCAUUAUGGAUCAGUAAAUGGUUCAAUACGUCUCAAGGAAAUGGAGAUAUUUCAAAUGAUACUGAAAACCUUGAAGAAACAGAACCAGAAGAGGAUAUAGAAAAACCUCCACCAUCAAAACGACCACGAAUUCGUACAGAUAUUAUCCAUCCACCUGGAACAUUUUCUGUUCGAUCAAAUGUUAUAACAUCAAAUAAUAAAACUAAAGUUUCUAGAGGAAAAUAUUCAGUGCAAAAUGAUACGAGAGAUGAUUUUCUGAAACCUACUAUGGCUGGACCCAGUGGGAUAGGUCAUUUAAUAUGUUCUACACCUACCACACAAUUAGAUAGCAGACCGGUAACUACACAAAGGUCUGAUUUAAAUCUCCUAAUUCCAACAUCAAAUAAUGGUACAGCAAAUGGAAUGGAUGAUAAUUCAGAAUCAAGCGAGAGCACUAGUGGUUGCAGCUCUCUUAUACCGCAAACCAGUCGACAAGAAGCUCCUUCUCAUGACGUUUAUAAUUCACCAUUUGUUAAUAGGAAACGCUUUAUAGAUGAGAAAUUAACAUUUACUAAUCAUUUACAGUCGCCAAGGACACUGUUUGUAGACAGCAAUCCCCGUGAUACUUUAAGUAAUCAUAGGCCAAGUUUUAAUGCAUCUGUCAUGACCAACACGCUGGAUCGUGCAUCUCGUUUGUUGUCACCUUUUUAUAGUGGAAAUACCACCUUCGGAGGAGCAAAUGCAGUUGAAUUGUAUAAACGAAAUCAAGCAAAGUCUCUUUUACUCAAUACGACUGAUAUUCAGCUUAAAGUUCCAAAGAGACCAAGUGUCCAAGUCAAACCUUCAAAUACUACGGUUGACCCAUCAGGUAUGAGUCAAACUGCAAGAAAAAUACUGGAAGCUCUGGAACACUUUUCUUCGCCUAUAUCAGAUGCUAAGAAAAUUCCAUUAAAAAGCACAAAUAUUACUCCGUCUUCAGUUAGUAAAAAACGUCAGCGAGAAGAAAAUGAAUCUCCAUCUGCUCGUGUAGGAUUACGACCUCCAACGCGAGAAUUAAUUGUGCCAACUGUACCCGCUAUAAUUAAGAUAAGAAGACGUGAAAAAUUGCAAGACACAACAGUAGCAGCACGAAAAAUUGUUUCUGCUCAUAGUGUGCCUCCGCCUCCUACUCAAGAAUAUCGUCUAGGAUCUGAUGAAAAUGAAAAUACGAAACAUAAUGGAAAACUCAAGGCAACAGCUAAAACAAAUUUAAAUGAAGAAGAUACUAUUGAAAUAGUUAAUUUACCAAGUGUACCUCUACCAAUAUCUUCUUUACCCAAUUUUAAUUUUACAUUACCUCAAGCAACAACUAAAAAUCUUUCAAGGAAAGAAGAUAAUUUCAAAUUUGCCAGUCCAAUUAAAGUCACAAAUCCAACUCAAAAUUUACAAUCUAUUAAUAAUUUCACGUUUAGUAGUCCAAUUAAUGCUGAAAAUCAUUUGAGUGAUUCUUUGGUUAAUACAUCAAAUAACAAUAGUGGGUCUAUGGUAACAUCAAAUUUUAUCUGGUCUGGUUCAUCUACAGCUCCUAGACCUAAAGACAAAGGAAAACACGAUAAUAGUAGCCAAAUAGGAGUUAAAGUUGCUAGUGAUUUGAAAACAGGUAGUGUCGUGGAUAUACUAUGUAAUAAAUCUUUAGAGAAAGUAUCUUCAUUGAAUAAGGCGAAGUCAUCUUUAAAUACAAAUAUUGAAAAAGCUACUUCUGAUGAAAAUCCUAUUGUUUCUGCCAGUGAAGAAAUGAAUAGUUCAACUGUUAAAAAACCUGAAAAUCUAAUCAAAGAUACAAAACAAAAAGUAUUAGAUAUAUGGGAAUGUGAUGAAUGUUUAAUUCGAAAUAUUAAUUCUGAAACACGAUGUUUUGCCUGUAAAGCUUUAAGACCAAAUAUCAAUGUGCAAACUACAAUAUCUCCACCAACUUCAAGCAACAUUGUAGAAGCAAAAACAACUGAGACUGAUUGCUUUGGAUCUCAUUUCAAAAUUAGCAAUAUUAAAUGGGAUUGUAUGUCUUGUUCUACAUCAAAUAAGUUAACUGACAUUAGAUGUGUUUCUUGCAAUGCACCACAAAGAAGGAAUUUAAAUCAAACGAAUACAUCUCCAACAGGCAUAUCACAAUCUGAGUUAAUGAAUAAGGGUUAUGCUGAAGGUUCGUGGGAGUGCCCAGGCUGUAUGCUGAGAAAUGAUGCUAAUAUUAUUACAUGUCCUUGCUGUAAAGCAUCUCAACCAAAUUUAUUAAAAAAAGCAAGGGAAAAGAAAAAUAAAAAUACAAAUAUACAAGCAAUUGUUUCCACUCAAGAAAUGAAUACAACAAGCUCAAAUACUUUGCAAUCAUCUAAUUCAGAAAUAAUGGAGAAAUUUAAGCCAAGCAAAGAUUCAUGGGAAUGUCCAUCUUGUAUGGUUAGAAAUGCUGAUUCUGUUACAAUUUGCCCUUGCUGUAAUACUACUAAACCAAGUGCUAAUUGUGAUAAAACUAAUGAAGUACAGAAGCUACCAGCAAGUGGUUUUGGAGAUAAAUUUAAAAAACCUGAAGGUUCUUGGUCUUGUGAUACUUGUAUGUUACAAAAUAAAGCAGAAAACUUGGAAUGUGUUUCUUGUGGUAGUGUAAAACCUGGAAGUGCAAAACCAAAGGAAUCUACAACGAGUACAAGUUCAAAUAUGAAAUUUAAUUUUGGUAUCCCUGCUGGUUCAAGCAAUUUCAAAUUUGGCAUUGACAAAGCUGACAAUCCAAAUAAAUCCGGAGAUUCAUCUAUAAAUAAUUUUAAAUUUGGUAGUACUCAACAAACCGAUACUGGAAAGUUUACAUUUGGUAUUCCCAAAAGUGACAAAAAUGACAUAUCUAAGGCAGAUAUAAAUAUUAAUACUUCGAAUGCUGGCCCAAAAACAUCAGUAUGCAAUGUAGGAUUUCAGUUUAAUGCAAAGAGCGACAAGACUACCAUAAGCAAUAAAUCAACUGAAUCAGAUAAAGAAACAAAUACAUCCUUUUCUUUUAAUGUACCCAAAAAUGAAAAUUCAACAUUGUUAUCUGAACAACAACAAUUAGCUGUAACUUCAGCUUCAACUCCCUUUACUUUUGGAACAAGUAAAACAGAAGUGAAUAUUUCAGAAAAGAAAGAAGAUCAAAAAUCUGUUUUAGGAAAUAUCACAAAAGACACUGUUGAACCAACCACAAGUACUACAGAGUCAUCAUUUACAUCAAAAAUUUAUGAUAAUACUUCCUUAGUAGCAACGACUUCUCAAAAUAAUAUUUUGGAAAAUCCGCCUAAUUCUACAUUUUCAUUUACUGCUUCAAGUACUAUACCAGUUAGCAGUAGUGUAUUAGUACCAGCAACUACAUGUCUUCCAACUUAUAGUCAACAUUCCUUUACAUUUACUGAUGCAAAAACAGUCACACAAACCACAACUACUCCUACUUUUGGACAAAUAGCAACGACGUCAUCAUCAAAUGUUACUUCUACUUUACCUACAUUUUCUUUUGGUACAAACGAAUCUGUAGGAACCUCUGGUCCACCAACAACUAGUACUACAGUAGAAGCAACGCCAAUAGCACCACAGAUCUUUACAAGUGUAUCUAAGACGAUGCCAUUAUUUAACAAUGUUGAUGUAAAAACAACAGUUGCAUUUGGUACAGGAGAAACUAGUACGUCAACCUUUGCUACAGGAGAAAAUAAAUCACCCUUAUUUGGAACAUCAGAAACUAAAGUACCAGUAUUUGGAAAUUCUGAAAACAAAUCUAUUUUUGGAACAUCUGAAAACAAAAUGUCUGUAUUUGGAAAUACGGAAAAAACAACUCCUGUAUUUAGUACACCAGCAGCAGUAGCAACACCAGCAUUUGGCUCACAAACAAAUAAUGCUGUUUUAUUUGGUUCAUCAGCUCCUGUUUUUGGGAAUAACAAUAGUUCAAACUUUGGUGGUACUUCGGCACCUAAUAUUUUUUCAACAACAAAGCCAAAUGAUAACAAUGUAUCAAAUUCAAGCUUAUUUACUUUUGGUGCAGCAUCUAAUCAAACAGCAGCACAACCAGGAACUGGAUUUAAUUUUUCAGCAAAUAAUAAUCCUGCUGAAUCAGCUCCAAAACAAUUAUUCACAUUUGGUAGCAGUUCAAAUACACAACAGACUAACAAUUUGUUUGGAGGCAAUGGUUUUAAUAAUGCAGCACAAACUAAUACAGGAAGCACCUUUACUUUCAAUGCACCAAAACCAGAGACUCCAGCGUUUGGCCAAUCAACAGUUGCAACUCCACUCUUUGGUGGACUGCAAAAUAAUCAAAAUCAAUCAACAUCAACUUUUUCAACUUCUUCAUCUGCUAAUACAGGAUUUAAUUUUGGAAAUACAACACCUGCAACAACCUCUGGAGGUUUCGCUUUUGGCAGAAUGGAACCAACUUCUACCCCAUCUGGAGGAUAUAAUUUCAAUCCUCCUAGUUCUACGCCAGCUGUUUCUUUCGAUCCUAAUACACCACCUUCUUUUAACUUUACUGGUGGCAGUGCACCAAUUUCAUUUAAUGCUCCUCCACCCGUAUCAAGAAAGAUCAAAAAAGCUGUACGAAGAAUGCGGUAUCCAGCAAAUGAUUCGCAGCGCUAAUACGUGUACAUUCAGAUGCGUUUUUACAUCAGCUCGUGCAUCUAUGUGUGUGUUCUGUAUGUAUGUUACAAGUUUCAAUAUAGUAUAAAGAAACUUUUGCACGUAAAUUGAUCACGUCAAUGUGGUGGUAUACCAAGCAUUUAUGUAAUAUAGUAGCCAGUUGAUGGGAUAUGCUUGAGUACAUCCACUUGUGUUCUACAGGAAGAACUGUAAAUUUUAAAUUAUUUGAAUUAUACACCUAUAAUGAAGAAAACAAUUUGAAGUUGGCAUGAAGCCAGUUUUAUUAAUUAGACGCAUUGUAAUGUUGCUGCAUUACUAGAAUCUUGCCCAAAAAAGACGAUAUAAUUACUAAAAUGACAUAGCAAAUUAACUUGCUGAAAUAUGAAAAAACUCUUGGUAAGAAAAACUAAUAAGCACUAAAGAUGAUGUGCAAUUUAAGGGUUUUUAGCGAAGGAGUGGCAACUCCUCAGGUAAGUAUAAGUCAUUUACAGCUUGCAACGAUGAUAUUGUAGGAAAUAAUUGGGGUAAUUGAUUUCUGAGAACUUUUACAUUUUGAAAUUUCUUUCUACAAACACUAUCAGUAAAUUGUAUGUGUUCGGUUAUGUUAUUAUAUACUAUAAUUGUCACUAUUGAAAAUCAAGUAUUUGGAAGAAGUAAAAUCGAAUAAAAUCUUAUAUAUGUAAACAUAUUUACAUUAAAAAGAUGAUGACGCAACAAUGCUUUAUAAGGAAAUACAUCUCGACUAUUUCGUAUAGUGACACGUUACAAGCACUGUGAAUUGGCUAUAUAUAGAUACAUAUAUAUAAUAUGUAUAUAUGUUACGUAUACGUAUACUUAUACUAUAUAUGUGUACAUAUACAUACAUACAUAUAUAUAUAAAUCCCAUACAUACAAAUAUUAAUUUAGAAAAAUUUAACAUAAUAUUUUAAUUAGAAUUUCAUGGGCAGGCCUACAAUUUUGUAGUACUAGUCCACGAGAAGUGUAAAUUACACUAAAAUGGCAUUCGGACAGUACAAAUUCGCGAUUACUAAACAUUUUAUUGAGUAGUCGAAAUUGUAUAUUUUUUUUAUAUAUCGAAUGAAAUAUUCCUAUAAGAAAAUACUGAAUGCCAUUUUAAUAGGCUUAUAUUAUAAUAAUGUUGCGUGUUUUACAAUAGAGUGAGUGAGAAGGAUUUGAGACAAAUGUUGAAUGAAAAUAAAUUAUUAUGGGGCUUCUAAAAAGUUAUAUAUUUGAUCACGUCUAUUUUUUCUUUUAUAUUCACAAUUGUUUCUAUAUUUUUUCUUUUUUUCGUAUAAAAUUAUCGUUUUAUGUGCUACAAUUAACAAAAUUAUAGAAAAGAAUAUUAACCUCUUAGAAGCUUCUUAGAAAAGUUUAGCUUCUUAGAAAAAAAUGGAGAUAAAAUUCUUCGAUAUUUCAAACAUAGAUAAAACACUGAUAAAAAGUUUCACAUUUGUUAAUUAAAGCACAAUAUAAUUAUGUUUAAUAGUUCUAUCGUUUAUGGAUAGUCUCAGUUUUUAUGAAAUCUAAAGAUAAUAUCUUUUGUAGAAUUUUUACACUAUAUGAUGUUAACGAAUUAUUUAAGAAAUUACAUAUUUUUAUAAUAUGCGUAAUCCCUUAAGUGAUAUUAAUUUAUGUAAAUCAAACUAUUAACAUAUUGUUAUUUGUGAGGUUAACAAUUUAUAGACUUUUCUUUUUAGAAGUCCCUAAAUCAGAAAGUAGUUAGAUGACGUGUAAUGAUAAUCAUUGAAUCGAUAUUCAGUCAUGCACGUCUUAUUUAAGAUUAUAAUAGUUAUGUCUAUAAUGUUGGCUUAGAAUUGACAGUAGCCAAGAAUAACUCGGCACAUGACCCAUUCUGCCAUAGUAGACAUGUAGGUAAAAAUGGUCUGUUACUAUUGUUACUCUGUACGUUGUUGUGUAAUACUUACAUAUAAAUAUUAGAACAACUUUUAAGUUCAGUGUAUAUUAAUAAGAAAUAUCAAUCAUGGUCUUGUGUACAUGUUAAAGCUAAUUUCUUUCAAAGUUAUUAAGUCAGUGUCAUUCUCAAAUGUACUUCUUUAUAUUAUAAGCAAUAUUAACUAAAUGCAUUAUACAAAUACAAACGGGUUAUUUUAUUUUAUUCUUUUGUGGCGCUGAUACACAUUUAUUCUUGGCGAAAACUAUUCAAUAAUUGCUAGUAUUUCAAUAAUUACUCUGUACAGUAAACACUGCUGUAGGUCUAGAUGUACUCUAUGCAUACAAAUUAUGAAAUGUAAAGGGUUAUUGUACGAAUAAAUAUACCUAUGUGUA